GCACAGACCAUUGAGAUUCUCCCACAGACACACCUCUCUUCCUUUCCCCUCCCUGAUGGACAGAUAGUGUAGUUGUCGCGCUUUCAUUCAGUCUGUGACCUGUUGUAACAAUGUGUUACCUGGUAAUAUUCAUUCUCCUCUGCUCCGGAACUCUCCUGUCUAUUACACUCAUAGACUACUACCAACACCAAAGAGAUGGGUUCCUGGACUCUGUUCAGAAGAGGUUGCAGUGCAGGAGACUGAGAGAGAGACUGGUGACCAUGACUACUAUGAAAAAAGUGGACAUUGCCCUGUUCUCUCAGGAGGUGAGAGAGCUGAUGGACUGUCCUUGGAGAAUCAACCUCACACACAGAGAACUACACAGGACAGAGUUGUGGUCGUGCUGUAACGCAUCUGAUAGGCUGAUGGUGACCAGACAGAACACCGAUCUGAACCAGAGUCUGUCCUACGAGAUACAGAGGUGGAGGAAGAGAAAGGUGGACCAAGCACUAUGGGAGAUGCUGCCUCAGACCGUACCCUGGAGUAAAGGUUCGUUGAGUCGUUGUGCCGUGGUGGGAAGUGGAGGAAUCCUGCAGAACAGCAGCUGUGGAGCAGAAAUAGACAAUGCUGAUUAUGUCAUCAGGUUUAACCUGGCUCCUAUCAACAAGAGUUGUGAUGUGGGAGUGAAGACAGACCUCAUAACAGCCAACCCUAGCCAGAUCAUUAAAGGGUACCCUGACCUCCAGUGGAACCCUGGACCCCUGACAGAAGUCCUGUCAGUCUAUGGCCACGCCCAUCUACUUCUCCCAGCCUUCUCCUUUGCCUUUGGGACCGCCCCCUGCUUCAAGGUGUACCACGCCCUCCAUAAGGCCCGCCCCCAACAGAAAGUGGUGUUCUUCCACCCAGACUACCUGAUUGAGCUGGGCAGGUUCUGGCGUCGUCGCGGGCAACGAGCCCGACGGCUCUCUACUGGUCUGAUGCUGGCCAGCACUGCUUUGGAGAUCUGUGAACAGGUUCAUCUGUACGGCUUCUGGCCCUUCCCUCUGGAUCUAUCCCACAAUCCUUUGCCCCAUCAUUACUAUGACAACGUGGGUCCGAGCCGCAGAAUGCACGCAAUGCCUGAAGAGUUCCUGCUAUUACUACAACUCCACAGCCAGGGGGCGCUACAGCUACAUGUUGGACCCUGUACACUCUAACCCCUACACCAUAACCCCCACAACCUUGUUACUACAACUCCACAGUCAGGGGGCGCUACAGCUACAUGUUGGACCCUGUACACUCUAACCCCUACACCAUAACCCCCACAACCUUGUUACUACAACUCCACAGUCAGGGGGCGCUACAGCUACAUGUUGGACCCUGUACACUCUAACCCCUACACCAUAACCCCCACAACCUUGUUACUACAACUCCACAGUCAGGGGGCGCUACAGCUACAUGUUGGACCCUGUACACUCUAACCCCUACACCAUAACCCCCACAACCUUGUUACUACAACUCCACAGUCAGGGGGCGCUACAGCUACAUGUUGAUCCCUGUCGAUAGCCCCUAGUGCAGGGAUAGGCAACAGGAGGCCACCACACUAACUUGUAUUCACACCCUGAUCCCUCAGUCUUUGUGGUGAGACAAUACUGUGAACACGACUUGAGAUUUAAUUUGGACCACAACUUAACAGAGCUAACAGUUUAGAACAUGACUUAAUUCAGCGUUUCCCAAACUUGACCCUGGGGACCUCAAGGGGUGCACAUUUUGGUUUUUGCCCUGAUUUUAAAAUAAUGAACUAAUCAUCAAGCUUUGAUUAUUUUAAUCAGCUGUGCACCUCUUGGGGUACCUAAGACAGAGUUUGGGAAAUGCUGAUUUAACUGUUCAGAACCAAAAAUACUAAAUAGUUUGGAACCUAACAAACUGAACUGUUUGGAACAUGACCUAAAUCAUGACUGGUGAAUUCAUGUUGUUCCUUUACCAGUGGUUUGUUUUAUUGUGUUACCAGAAGAAUGUCAGAAUAAAGAGAUGAAUACAAUAUUA